GCAGAUGCGCGGGGCGGCUGAUUUGUAGAGGUUAUGUUUAAUUAAAUACGCGUUUUCAAAGAACUGAAAAUUUAAGAAAUUUUCUAGCAGACCAUACUUAAUAUAAUUCCUUUCAUUUAGUAAUUUAUCGUAUAAUUGGUAAUUGUUUAGUGUAACAGCAAUCGAGUGUUUGUUAUGAAUUGUGGACAAUCAACGAUACGUGAUAACGUUAUCAAUGUUAAGUGCGACUGUGAGUGAAGCAGUGUAAACAUUGUUUAUUCGUUCCAGUCAUAUCAAUUGGCAGUAAGGAACGAAUUUAUUAAUAACACGUAUACAAUUUCAAUUCAAAAUGAAUAAUCAACGACACGACGAAAUACCUAUAUUAAAAACAACAGCUGAUACGCGAAUCAAUCAACUAAAUGAAAAAUUUGAAGAGGAAUUUGGGAUCAAGCCGGACUUCACUGUUAAAGUGCCGGGACGUGUUAAUAUAAUUGGAGAACAUAUCGACUAUUGUGGAUAUCCAGUGCUACCGAUGGCUUUAGAACAAAGUAUUUUGAUUGCGGUUGGAUUGAUUAAUGAAAAAGAUUUAAGAAUACGGAAUACGAAUUCUAAAUACUGUAAAUUUCAGAUGGAUAUUUCGAAGCCAGAAGACUUUGACAUAAAACCAGACGAGGAUGGGAAACCGUUCUGGUACAAUUACGUACUUUGUGGAGUAAAGGGUGGAUUAGAAUUUCUGGAUAGAAAAAUCAGAGGCGGUGUAAUUUUUCUCAUAGAUGGAAAUAUUCCACCGGCUUCCGGACUAUCAAGUUCGUCUGCCUUAGUAAGCGCUUCUUGUCUUGCAUUCUUACAUGCUCAGAAUGCUAAAAUAAGUAAAUUAAAAAUAGCUUCUUUAUGUGCCGAAAGCGAACGUUAUAUUGGCACUCAGGGUGGUGGAAUGGAUCAGGCUAUUGCUUUUCUGGCGGAAAAAUCUAGUGCUCAAUAUAUUACUUGGAAUCCACUGAAUGCUAUGCCAGUAUCCCUUCCUGAAAAUGCUACCUUCGUUGUUGCACAUAGUUUAGCUGAAGCAAACAAAGCUGCGACUAACGAUUUUAACACAAGAGUCAUAGAAUGCAGACUGGCAGCCAAGAUACUAGCUGCUUGUUCGGGUAUUGAUGUUACGAAAGAAAUUAUUUCACUGAGCGAACUUCAAAAAAAGCUACAAAAAUCAUUAAACGAAAUGCUAGAACUUGUAACCGAACAUUUGGCUAAAGAACUGUAUUUAAAAAGCGAUAUUUGUGAAUUGCUGAAUAUACCAGAGGACGAAUUGAACAGGUUCUAUUUGACCCCGAACACUAGACAUUUGACCGAAUUUAAAUUAAAACAACGUGCCAUUCACGUUUACGAAGAAGCCAAGCGAGUUGAUAGCUUCCGUUACUUAUGUCAGCAUUCGACUUUCAAAAAUGAAUUAUCGACAAACAGUAAUAACGGUGAUUUGCUCUAUGAGAAUGGCGUUGAAAAGAUAAGCAAUAUAAUUGAAAAUUUAGGAGCAUUGAUGCUGGAGAGCCACGAAAGUCUAAAGACAAACUACGAAUGCUCCCACGACAAUCUGGAUCGUUUGGUGGACCUAUCGAGAAAGAUGAACGUUUACGCCCGUUUAACAGGCGCGGGUUGGGGUGGAUGCAUUGUAGCGUUAUGUCCAAAAGAAAAUGUUACAAAAUACAUAGAAACGUUAAUCGAUAAGUUUUAUGUUGAACAUUGCAAUUUAGACAGGGUCAGUGCACGUUCACAUGUUUUCGCAACGACGCCUAAUCACGGUGCUGUUAUUUACAAUUUUACAUGAGAUUUUUACAGAAGCUGUGAAUAGUUAUAGAGAGUGUAAGGAAAUCAGUUCUGAAGUCUUAAAAUCACUAUUUUCAUUUGCUAAGCUGAAUUUGAUUGACCAUUGAUUGACCUGGCGCAAUACCCCUACGUAAAUACGAACCCGUAUUGAGCACGCAUCGAUCUGAAACUUCAACCCUCGGCGUCGGUGUAUCGAUCAGUAUAAUAACCAAUUAUUAACUGAGUUAUUGAGGGUGUAGUACAAGAAACCUUCUACUCCGUUCUUGGCGUCAGUAACGGCUCCUUUACACUCGGUCAUAUUCAAACUAUUCACAUAUUCAAACUAGUUUCAUCAUCCUUUGAUCAUUCAGCUUAAUUAAAUUUUAUUCAAGCCAGAAACGCAUUUUAUGUAACGUAUGUAAAAAAAUAAGCUUUAGAUAUUUAUGUUUUAUGCCAAUACAUUAAGUCAUAUAAUUCAGUAAACGUAUCUCUCUGAGGUUGAGCCCGUGAGAUCACCUACCCUUCCGCGCGUACUUGGAAUAGCCCUUUAGAUUACCAAAGGUUUGGUAGGAGAAAAAAAUGUAAACAUUUGUUCCCAAAUAUAAGAAUGCGGUCGUCAACGCUUGUUUGUUUACCUUCGACACAUUUUACGAGACAUGCUGUUGUUUAAAAUUCUGCGUACCUAAUUAAAUAGAUGAAUGCGUAAAUAAUGUUUAGAAUUCUAUUAUUGGUAUAUAGAAGAUGGCUAAUAAAAUAGAAAUAAACAAUAAAUUAUGAUUCAAUAUAAAAUUCGUGUGCCGAGAAACUAGAAAAAUAUGUCUAAAUAAGAAAAGAAAAUAUCUAAAUAAAAAAGUUUACAUCGAAAUUAUGUAUUAUUAAUCUUAAUUAAUCUUUUGUCAUCCAAAACAAAUGAGAAUUUCACGCAAGUAGAAGUGAAACCUUCAGAAGUAUUUUAGUGUAUUCGAGUGCCAUUGUCGUUUCAUUGUGUUACGAUAAUACAUAAUUAGAAUAACUUAUUAAUAAACAAAACGGUGCUAAGAAGUUUUGACUUAUACUUGAGA